GAGCAUGGCGGGAGGGGUAGUUCGGUGGGGGAGAGGAGGAGCCGGGCAGGGGAGGCGGAGGGACACGGAGCUGCAGGAGGAGGUAGUUGAUGUCAGGAGGAGCGGUGAGGAGGAGAGACCUCAGAGAGGGAAGGAGGCUGCUCGCUGACAGAAGGGGAGGGAACACUCAGUUCCUGAGGAGGAGCGCGCACUCACACUGGCACCCGCAGGCCCGGUCCCAGCACUCACCAUGGCUGACGCGGCCUCCCAGAUCACGUUUGAUGAUGCAGCGAUUUACUUUAACGAGGAGCAAUGGGGGAAUCUGGAAGACUUUCAGAAAGUUAUCUACAAGGAUCUUAUCAAGGAAAUAUAUGAUACUAUGAUUUAUUUGGGAUACCGUAUACCGAAGCCAGAAAUUGUAUCUCUGAUCGAACGUGGAGAAGAACCUUACAAAUCUAACCCUAAGAAGCAAAGACUCCAGGAAUCCCAACCGGCAGACAAAGCUGCCAAGAAAGAUUUGGAGUCUCCUCCCGCUAUAAAGAGUGAGCCGAGCUCCCCUGUGGCUUGCAACAAUUUACGUCCUGGAGAGAUCUCCUCAUCACAAGAAAAGAACAGCGGUUUGCUGUGCCAAGCGUGCGGUGCUCAUUGUAACAACCAGUGUGAGAGGAGUAUACAAUGGAAUGCGCAGAGAAUGCAGCACAUGGCUCAGAGGGAAGGGACUCAAAGGAAGCAAUAUGUCAACCCUCCACCACCCUAUUUCAACGGGAAUGUAGUAUCCCCUCACUAUGGUGGUGCUCAUGCGACCUCUCUUGCGACCUCUCAUGUGACUUCUCAUGUGACCUCUCAUGUGACCUCUCAUGCAACCUCUCAUGUGACUUCUCAUGUGACCUCUCCUGUGACAAGCUACGCCAAUGUAGGGAUGAUGCCAGUAUCACCGCACUACAGUGGCUAUAAUUCAACCUUCGUAAUGCCUCAGCAGGCUGGUAAUGCUGUGUUUCGCAACUUUAGUCACCAACAGACAGCUCCUCAAGGACCUCCUGGAGUCACCAUGGGAAACCCUGAUCAUGCAAUGAGGAGUAGACAAUGGCCCCAUGAAAACCCUGCCCAACUACUUACAAGGGAUGGAUCAUUCCAGGACAGACGAGGCAUGGCGUCCCCAUGUGUGAAUUGUGGUGCAUUCUGCAACAACCAGUGCGCAAUGCGUUUUCAUUGGGAGCAGCAAAAGAGGCUACAUCAUCAUACACCUCCUGGUGUUCUGGAAGGGAACCAAGCAAACAGAUUUCCUUCUCCUCCAAAUCCAUAUUUUGGUGGAAAUCCUGCUGUGCCCCACUUUGCUAAUGUAAGGCCUGGCCUGAGGCAGCCUUCUCCAAUGAAUGCACAAGCAAACAUGGGAAUGGGGCAGAUAUCCCCACAAUAUGCUGGAUAUCGAAAGCCUGGAGAGCCCAAUUCUCCCAUUAUGAGGCCAGUGAGGCCUGAGAUGAACACAGGGAAUCUAUCUGUACCAGGUGGUGGCACUGGAGGUAAUGCUGUAAAUAUACCUACUAAUAUUUCAAGCCAAGGGAAUAAUUUAGGGACAAGCAAUCGGAAUCAGAGGAGGAAGCAAACAUUAUCCCCAUAUGUUAAUUUUGAGUCCAUGCCCAUGAACCCUGCCAGAGGGAGCCCCAAUACUGUUAAUGAGCAGAGGAUUAGACCACCAAAUCCUGUUGUAACUAGUAGUGAAAGCCAGGUAGAUAAGAGUAAUAUACCUCCCAACAGUGCUAGAAAGCAGGAUUCUUGGCGCUUUGUCAACCAAGGGAAUACCUAUGCAAAGCCUAUUUCACCAGCACAAGCUAAUAAUGGCAAAUCUGGUAAUCCAAGCACAGGAGAAUCCAAUAAAACGCCCACUACAUCGGUUACAUCACCCACCUUUAAUAAUAGUUAUAUAGUCAAGCAUGUGAAGCCAUCAACUGUCAGCAUCCAGGAUGCUGUUCACAUCGGAUCCACCCCAACCUUUAAUGAUGGUCAAGGUCUGAAGCGUGCUGCUCCACCUGCUAUCUCCACCAAUGCUAAGAGAGCAAGCCCCCUGUCAAUUAUUGGUGAGAAUGCAGGAGUAAAGCGUGCCUCUCCCUUAACCAGUACAUGUAAUAGCCAGAGCACUGCUAGUCCUACACCACCUGCAGUAAAAGCUGCAAAUACUUGUACAUCAUCCAUUAUGCUCAGCAAAAGCCAAGAUACUAAAGCUCCACCUCCUGAAACCAAAGAAGGUAGACUUUUUAAACGUGCCACACCUCCAAUCACCAUUAGCAACAUUCGAAGUUCAGGGGUUUUCUUGCCACCUCCAUCCAAGGCUAAGAAAACAGAAAAUAAUAAACCGUCAUCUUCUCCAAUCAUUAUUAUCGAUGACACAGAUACUAAACCAGAAUAUCCUCCUGGUGCAUUGCCUAAUGCUACAAAUAAGGAGGUGAAGAGCUCUGUAGAGGAGACUUGUCCCUCAGCCCCUAUAGUCACUAAUGUCAAAAGUAACCAGAAUACCCCUGUGGCAUCACCAGUUAAUAAACCACAGACGCCAAGUGUGUCCCAGGGUGGUGGUUCUGUGUUGCUUAAUAACCUUCAAGUACAGCAAUCUUCACCCAUUAUCGUCACUGGAAAUACAAAUCUAGGUGGUGCUUCUCUUCCGAUGUCUGUAAAAGGAAAUCAAAGCAUUAUGUUUACGUUCCCGGUUGCGGGUGGUGGCUCUGGGAUCAUGCUAGCUACCCCUGUAAACAGAAUACCAAUAAGCAAGAACGCAAGAGGGGUCCCAAACAAUACUAAAGUUCCCAUAAAUAAAUUCCAAGGGAAUGUGAACACCAACUUUUCUCCUGUGACUGUUACGUCCAUAGUUGGCAACUCCAAUCAUAUCCCUGUGACCAUGCAGUCUGGCCAAGCAAAGCCCAUUGCUGUUAAUGUGAAUCCACAAACAGCCAACGUUGCUGGGAAUCUGAACAUGAAAAAUACGAACAUCAGUGGUGGCACUAUAAACGCAACUCCAGUAUCUACCAGUGGGAAUCAGACUAUGGGACAGACCAUCCCUUUUUUUGUAGAUGCAAAAACGGGCUUAAUCCUUACUGCACCAUCUAUGGCUAUGAAGGAUAACUCUGGUGUAAGGAAUGCUACAGUCGUCACUGUUAAUGGAAGUGUUGUAAAUGGAAAUUUGUCUUUUAGCAACAUAACUCCAGUCAACGUAAAUGGAGGCCUCGCAAUUAGAAAUCCUGCACCUGUCAAUAAUUCUUUGGGGAUCGGGAAUACAACCUUUUUUACCGUUGAUGGGACUCCAGUUACACUUACAGGAAAUACUGCUGCCAUCAACAAUAAAGGAACUUUAAGUAUUAACAGUCCUACAAUUCUUACCAUGAAUGGCAGAAUGGGUAUUGGAAAUGCAGGACAAAUUAAUGCACCUAUAAGCAAUAUCACUCCUGUAGAUGCCAAUGGUUCUUUACGAAAUACACAGACUCCAACAGCCAACAUUAUAGGCUGCAAUGAUAACCAGGGUGCUGGAAUUGUUGUCAGGAAGGUAAAUGAGCCCAGUACAGUUCAUCUGACAUCUUCCAACUCUGGACCUUCACCCCAAGUUGUAGACAGACUUUAUAAAUGUAGCCAGUGUGAAGAAAACUUCACUAGUGUGGACAACUUAAAUGCGCACCAGAAAACUCACAAAGAUAACAACAAAUCAAGAGAGGGAAAUGAUGAACUUGUAUCCAAAAAUUCUGAAACACAAGAUCUUACUGGGGCGGCAGAUAGCGACGCCCCAACUAUUCUAUAUACUACCCAAGGGGAUGAUGGUAGUACAGUGUAUGUAGUUACUGUGUAGUUUGUAUAGUUUAUAUUUUUUUUAUUGACUCCAAAACAUUAAAGCACCUACUUUUUGAAAUAUAUGUACAUUUUUUUAUAACUGCAUUUAAAUGUAAUUUGCCUCUGAUCUUAAAAAUUCUAAACAAAUACUCUUGGGCUUAUUUUAGAAGGAAAAAUUCUUGAGCGAAAUUUUUCAUUAAUGCCGUCCUUGUAUACGAAGGGAUAAUGCGCUCACACAAAACAACCUUUUUUUCUUUGUGGAGUCUUAAUCUUAUUUUGUUGGAUUUGUUUUAAAGGGACACGAAAGGCAAUAUUUUUAUUGUGCAUAGGAAAGGAAAUAUAAAAUAUUUACAAUUUGUGCAUGAAAAAAGAAGACAAAAGCAAUUUUAGUUAUUGAACAAAACAUGCUCAUUGGUUUAUAGGGAAGACUCCUAUGUCAGUAUUGGAAGACAUUUAACAAGCCUCCUCAACUAAAAAUCAGGUUUAUUCAACACUUGGAUAGCCAUUUUCAAGAUAAAAAGUGUUUAGGAUUGCAAAAAUUGCUUUUCAUGUACCUUUAAAUUUGAUAUAUAGGUUUUCAAAAUCUUCUAUCUUCCGCUUAGUGCAUACUGUAGAUGGUCUUUUUUCUGUCAUGCUACUGUAAUCAGGAUUACAUCCAAACUUGGUCAUUCAAAGAGCAGGAAUACCAAUCACCACUCAGGGAUUAGUCUAAAAAUAUUUACUUCUGCUUUUCAAAUACAAAUAUUCUAGAACACACUACAAAAAAAUUAUGUACUGUUUUAUGCCAGGCCUGAUAAAUUUGUAUCACACUUAGGAGCCAGUUGACAAAAAAAAAAAAAAAGAGGAGGCCACAUAUUUAGGAGCCAGGUUGAUGGUUUUGUGUAUAAUUAAAAAAUAUUAAGAUCUGGCCUAAAAUUCUAGAAGCUGACAAACCCUGGGACACAUGGAGUAAAGUCUAAAGGAUAUGGUAUAAAGUGCGCCUUGCUGAUACUGAAACAGUGUGUACUGUUGUAGAUCGAGAUGUUGGCUUAAGUUGUUGUGCCAAUAAUGUCUUGGUUACUAAAAUAUGCUCUUUUUUAUCGAUAUUGGUUAUGCAGGAUGACUAUUUCAGAUGUAAAUGCAGCUGGUUUAUAGUAUGCACGUAAACAUGUUUUUUUAACUAUUUAAUAUGUAAAAUACAGAAUUAUUAGUAAAUAUAACUACAUUGCAGUUUCUA